AUGAAAAAACAUGCGAUAUAACCGAGUCUACCGAUUGCAUUUUUCCAGGACAAAACAAUUUUGAGAAAACUGUGGAAAUAGGUUGAAAAUGGUAGUGAUUGUAAAGACAAAAACACACGAGGACAGUGGCAAACUUUUUAUAAAGAAAUGGAUGUUCUUCCACAAACAGGCUCUGAAAAAGGAAGUAGAAAUCUAUCAGUCAAUCAGCUGCUGCCUCAUGACCUUUCUGACCAACCAGUUCCAUCUGAUCAUCAGAAACAUGAAAAAUCAAUGAUCUCUCCUCCUCCUUCAUUAUAUCGUCAUCUACGAAGUCCUGUGUCAAAGGUUCAGCAGGAGCUGACAAUGGAUUCAAUGGACCCUACAAACUCAAACAAUUUGGAUAAAGUAUUUACAAAGAACGCUAAGGAUAAUUCUCAAGCGAUUGUUUCAACCUUAGACCAAGAUCUUCAGCAAAUAACACCCUCUGUACAUAAAGAUUCGGGGAGCAGUUCUUCCAAGUUUCGACCAAUCCGACCUAAGAUAGAUCCCAUUCUUAUUACAAGAAAACCAUUUUUCUCGUUCACAAACCCUACAGAAGCAGAGUAUUACAUUCCUAAAUUAGCCCCCGAAGAAUCCCAUGGCUUCGAGAACUUACAAAAGAAAGGUUCAAUGAGCAUAGUGUGCUCGGUGCAAGACUCAGUUUUAGAACAAGGAGAAAGGGCCGAUUCUCAGUUUGAAUCAAAAGACAGCAGUUUAACAGAAGAUAAUACUUAUGAAAGAGAAAGUCAUAAAUUGAGUUAUUUACGGCUCGAUCAACAUGCUUCAAAUACUAGUUCCCUAAGUCCUUCAAGUUUUAAGAGUAUUAUAUCAUUUCGGAGUCCAAAUAAAAUUGAAGGAACAGUCCCUACUGCAAAUGAUUUGACUGAUUACAGUAAUGAAAAAAUAAAAAACGAUACUAAGCUAGAUCACACAGUUUCUCAAGAUAUAGUCUUGUCUUCAGAACGACUCGUGAAGACCACAGACCUCGAUAGCCACUUAUAUCGAGAUAAUUCUCAAGGACAUCUUGAGGAAGAUAUUUGCCCUUCAGUCACAUACGAUGUAGUAGCUCAGGGAAGUAGUAGAGGCUCUGUUGCUUUACAGCAAAAUGAGCACACUGCUAGUCAUGGUCUUGUUAACUCAAAUGAAUCCAAAACACCAAUUACUAGUCAUGAUGAUAUUUCAUUCAAAGAAACUAUCUUCUCUGAAUCUAAACAGAAAACAAAUGAACAAUCCAGUGGAUUCCAAGUUACCAAAUCUAGUCCCUUAACUCAGACUCUCGAAUCAAAAUCUAGUCCAAAAAAUAACCAGUCUUGCAAAGAGCUUAGUACCCCAGUCGAAAGUCAAGGGAAUAAACUGACUUGCCAACACACAUCUAAUCAGUAUCGCUCAGAAGCAAUGUCAGGAUCACACUCUCGGCAUAUUAAUGAUUUUUCCCAGUCAAAUGAGGAAUUGAGUGCUUGCAUUGAACAGCAACAGUUUAACGAACAUUGGAAUGUUCGUGAUGGGAAGUCUAAAAAUAUUCGGAAGGGUUCAGAUGUCCUUUUUGGACAUACGGAGAAACAGGAAGAUUCUGAUGUUCUUUCUGAACAUACGAAGAAACAGGAAGAUUCUGAUGUUCUUUCUGAACAUACGAAGAAACAGGAAGAUUCUGAUGUCCUUUCUGGACAUAUGACUAAACAGGAAGAUUCUGAUAUCCUUUCUGGACAUAUGACUAAACAGGAAGAUUAUGAUGUCCUCUCUGGACAUACGAAGAAACCGGAAUAUUCUGAUGUCCCUUCUGGACAUACGAAGAAACAGGAAGAUUCUGUUGCACCGUUAUUGCAUCGAACGAGUAACAUUACCAGCUUAUCUCCAAAAUUACCAAACAUCUCUGCCCAUUCUAAUGAACUGAAAUCACAAGCAACCCAGACAUCUGAUGAAAACAUUAAAACUUUACCCAUAAGCCCUAAUACUAGUGUCGAAGAAAUACAACACGUGAUUAGUGACAAUCAGGUUUCUAGAACUAAUUCAAUAAACACACCAGAGAAAUUGGCGAAUCAAAACUGGAAGCCUUUAGUGAAUAACACUUAUCAUUUACGCAAAGAAAUGUCAGGACAUAAAGAAAAUAAUAUUUACAAGCCACAGGCGUGUCGUUUACAAAUGGAUUCGCUUAAUUCUUCUAAUUCUGCAGGUUAUUUAUCACUAAAGAGAAAACGACUUUUAAAUUAUGCUAUGGAUAAAGAAAAAGAAAUGUCAGAAAAUCAAGAAGAUGAAACAACUUUUGGUCUGGAGAAAAUUGAAAAUAGCACUGAUGAUGAAAGAAAAUAUGUACCUGAGAGUUCUCUCAAACAUCAGUUGCAUAGUGAAAAAAUAGAAAACGCAAUUGAUGAAAACGAAAUCCAGGUAAUUUUUGAAUGUGAUAAAACCAAAAUCAUUCAUCAACACAACAAUGACCAUUUUUCAAAAUUGGCACCCUCAGAUACGCAGCUUGCUUCACGCGAAAUCGUUGAAAGAAAGACAGACAAAAGGGAAAAUUCGCAAGAUAAGUCAGUUAUUUACGUUGGGAAUUUACAGAAUCAGAGUAUUACCAAACUAACAGGAAACACUGAUGAAGCAAAGGGAAUUCUCAUAACUGAACCUUCGGUUCAAAAACAUAGAAAUAAAACACGAAGUGUCAGUAUGCUAUCACAAACUGAGUUUGGGUUGGCGGAAUCUCCAAAUAUUCCAGUAAACAUUAAUGAUUCACUCAGAAGAUCCACUUCGCCUUGCUUCUUCCUUAAAAAAUAUGAAACGAGUGCUGAGAAGAAGCAAAAUGAAUAUUCACUUGUUACGGAAGAACGACAUCCUUUUCGUACUUUGAAAGAAGAAAUGCAAACUCGAAAAAAAGAACUUGUUAUUUUAGAUAAUCUUGCCAAACAACGGGAAAAGGAGUACAAAGAAUUGCUUCACACACGUAAAGAGAAAUACAAGUUGCUUCAUAUGUUAGAACAGUGUUUCCCUAAACUGCUUGAUUCGUCAUCACAAAUAGAACAUGGAGACAAUAAGCCUAAUAAAAACGAGAUCUUAAGUACAGAUAAGUGUUCAAAGGAGACUCACCGUCCAUUCGAUAAAGUAUUGGAUCUUCACUCUGACAAAGCGCAAGAGAAAUCAAAAAAAUUAGAUUUUAAUACAGAGAGUUAUUCCACGGAAACAAAAUAUGCUGUUUUUAAUAAAGGUGGAUCUAUGAAUCAGCACAUCUCAGGCACAGAUACCCGUAAUGAUUUAAUAAUUCCAAAUGCCGUGGGAAGUAGUCAGGAAUCAGAUUCUGAUAAAAGAGUAGUCAAUGCUUCAAAUCUCUCUUGGUCUAUUCGGGAUUUAAAAACAAACGGUGUUUACAGUCAUACGUUACCUUCGGCCGCAGUCAACCCUUUGAACUCUAAACCAGUACCACUAAUUCAAACAUAUGCUUCUACUGCGUCGCCUCAGUUGGUUCCUCCUGUCUCUAAAGGUAAAGACUUAAAGUUAGUAGAAAACAAUUGCUUGAACGCCAGUAAAUGGACACAACAUGAGCAGAUAUCUAAUGGAGAAAAAGGAAAAAACCCUAUGGAAAAAAAGAUAACUUCUCCAAGUGCUGUGGCCGCAGUAACGGGCAACUUACUUAAUCUGGGUGCAAAACAAUCACCUGUAUCUAACUUAGAUCACCAAGCAUUUUACAGGAAUCACAUGACCUCACUUUCUAAUUUGUAUUCAACUUAUCCGAGAUUCCAGGACAACUUCAUUGGAGAGCAAAAAAAUACAAAUUGUGAAGUGUGUGAGAGGAUAACUGGUUGUCCUGCGGGUAAACACAAUUCAGAUGUGUGCUUUUCUAGAGGUUAUGUACAACAUCAAAACAGCAUUAAACGACAUGAACAUACAAAUGAAAAGAGAAGCCAGAAGCAAACUGUCUUUCCAACUGUCCGUCCAAACAUGUUUCCACACCAGACUGCACUUAACCCUCUAUUAGUUCCCCCACUGUCUGGUUUCGGUGGACUAAAUGAACCUGUGCUUUCUUUUAAACAGGAGAAUACAGGAAAAGUAAGAAUGCCUCCUGAGAAUCUUCAUGGGUUAAAUAAUCAAAAUUUUGUCACAUCAAACCAGAACUUUGGAUCGCGGAUGCCAGUGGCAGAAGUAACCAUGAAGAACUGCAGGAGUCCCGACAUGUCAUCUCUAACGCGAGUCAGGUCAAUGAUGAGUUCCAAUCGCUCCAGAAUGAAUGUCCGUCCACUAAUUCAACAGCUUCCUCAUCAAGCUGUAGGGCAUUAUGGACACGUUUCAAGGAUAACGAAUCCACAAGCGCUGUCAACUGUAACUCCACUUCAAAGCGAAUGGCCGCAACAGCAGAUGAUGGUUAAUUAUCCAGUUUCCCAGUCACUGGAAUGCCUACCCAAAAAUGCUAAGGUAAUGGAAAAACAUCAUGGCGUCUUCAAUCUAAACCAUCAAAGCCAAUCGUCAAAUCCUCAUUGUGGAUUCUGUGGUAAAAAGGCCGUCUUUAUGUGUUCUGGCUGUAAACAGAACUGGUACUGUGGAGAGCCCUGCCAGGUGAAACAUUGGCCUACUCAUUCAAGAUUCUGCAGGAACUUAAAUCAUUGUGUCUGACUGUGAAAUUUUCAACAUUUGUAGGUGCCUUUGCUUCUUUUUUUUUCUUCAGUUAAACCACGGGCACUAUGUGUUAUUCUUGAGUAUUGAACGAAUAUUUCAUCGUAGACUCCUAUAAAGCUUGAGUGUUUGGGAUAAAGACAUGACUCCAAAGUUCUUCUGUAUACACGAAGCUAAAAAAAUAAAAGAUGGUUUAUACGAACUGUUCAAACGACACUUAACAAAGUUAUAUAGGACCAGAAUUGAGCACAUUCCAAAACAGGAAUAUGACCAAAGUUGAUGUGAUUUGUUUUUUGUUUAGCUCAUCAAACAUAUUGGAAAUUCCAUUUCAGCUAUUACCAAGGGAAGAAUUAACGAGGAAGUUAAUAUUUGUUUUUUGUGUGUGAAUACUUUAGACGUUAUCCAGAUUUACUCUUCGACAGGAAUGUAAAAAGUCUUUCUUACAUCUCUAGCAGUUGAGUUUAUUUUAAACGUGUUCAUUCAGUUUGUUUUGUGGUUUUUAAAUGAAGGGAAACAACAAGAAGUUAUGUGAUAUCAACAAGAACCUUUAAGUUUUCUUAUGUAUAUUAUUGUUUAUUGUUUGUAGUACGUAUAACCUGGGGCCGUGACCAACGGGUCUAUAGCUUUGUGUGUUAUUUUGCUUUUCUAAAAAAAAAAAUAAUAAUAAUAUAAACAUAUUUUGUUUGUAAUUUGUGAUUUUUUUCCUUCUAGUC